AGUUCCAGUCGUUCACUGUCCGAUAACGAAAUGCGUACCCUCAUCCUUGUUGCUCUUGUUGCCCUGGUCGCUGUGGCCUCCGCCCAAGGUCCUGGAGGUCCUGGUGGUCCUGGAGGUCCAUGGGGCCGACGUGGUCCAGGUGGCCCAGGAGGUCGUGGUCCAGGUGGACCAGGAGGUCGUGGCCCGGGUGGUCCAGGAGGUCCAGGAGGUAGAGGUCCAGGCGGACCAGGAGGUCCAGGUGGUCCAGGAGGUCCAGGAGGUCCAGGAGGCCCAGGAGGCCCAGGAGGUCCAGGAGGUCCAGGACCUUGGAAACCACCAUGCAACCAAACUACCACCACAGCGGCCCCCACCAGCACUUCAUCCACAGCUUCCUCCACCACAGUGUCUUCUACCACGGUGUCCUCCACAGAAUCCUCCACGGUGUCCUCCACGGAAUCCUCCACGGAAGCCUCAACAGCUUCUUCCACGCAAUAAUAAUUCAAUUGAAAUGUUCACGUUUGAAGUUUGUCUUUUGUGAACAAUAAAGAUUGAUUUUUGUGCAUAUGAAA